AUGUGGAUUUUUGACUGGUUUCAAGAUAUAUUAUCAUCAUUAGGAUUAUGGAAUAAACAUGCCAAAUUAUUGUUUUUAGGGUUAGAUAAUGCUGGUAAGACUACUCUUUUACAUAUGUUAAAGAAUGAUAGAUUAGCCACUUUACAACCAACAUUACAUCCAACUUCUGAAGAAUUGGCCAUUGGAUCAGUUAGAUUUACUACUUUUGAUUUAGGUGGGCAUCAACAAGCUAGAAGAUUAUGGAAAGAUUAUUUCCCUGAAGUCAAUGGUAUUGUGUUUUUGGUUGAUGCUGCUGAUACUGAAAGAUUUGCUGAAUCUAAAGCAGAAUUGGAAAGUUUAUUUAGAAUUGAAGAAUUAAGUCAAGUUCCAUUUGUUAUUUUGGGUAAUAAGAUCGAUGUUCCUACUGCAGUGGGGGAAAUGGAAUUGAAAAAUGCCCUUGGAUUAUAUAAUACUACCGGUAAAGACACUGGUAAAUUGCCAGAAGGUACUAGACCAAUUGAGGUGUUUAUGGUUUCCGUUGUCAUGAGAUCUGGAUAUGGUGAGGCCUUCAAAUGGUUAUCACAAUACAUUUAA